CCCGGGGCCACAGCCCCACAGAGUGUGGCUGAAGUCAAGGCAAUACCUCACCUGGGAACUGGGGCGCCAGACCUCCUGUAGGCAGGGCGUCCUUCCCUCCGCGCGAUGACAUCACGGAGCUGAGUCGCUGCAUAAAUGCAAGCCUCCAGGAGCCGGGAGCGCAAAGAACUGAAGUGCUGGUCACAAGCGCCUGCGCUGCGCGCACGCGGUCCGGUCCCUUCCUGGCGCUGCGCGCACGCGGUCCGGUCCCGUCCUGGCGCUCGCCCUGCCGGCCGCAGCUCAGUGACCAGAUCCAGAACGAGCCAUCCUGAGCCCAAGGCAGCCCGCGCCUGCCCCGCAGGAGUCACCCGUGAAGAUGCCCCACCACAGCCUGCACGCUGCGGCCAUCCUCCUGCUCAUGAUCUUAAAGGAGCAGCCUUCCAGCCCAGCCCCACUCAACGGACCCAACUGGACCUAUUUAGGUCCUGACGGGGAGAAAAGCUGGCCCAAGAACUACCCAUUAUGCGGGGGCCAGAUGCAGUCCCCAAUAGACCUGCACAGUGACAUCCUCCAGUAUGACAACAACCUUGUGCCCCUUAAGUUCCAAGGCUACAAUGUGUCUGCCAAUGAGCAGUUUACACUGACCAACAAUGGCCAUUCAGUGAAGCUGAGCCUGCCCCCAGGCAUGCAUAUCCAGGGCCUCCCAUCCCGCUACAGCGCCACACAGCUGCACCUGCACUGGGGGGACCAGAACGACCCCCGCGGCUCUGAGCACACCGUUGGUGGGGAGCACUUUGCUGCCGAGCUGCAUAUUGUCCACUACAACUCGGACCGGUACCCCAAUGCCAGCACUGCAAGUAAAGAGCCACAAGGCCUUGCCGUCCUAGCUAUCCUCAUAGAGAUGGGCUCCUUCAACCCCUCCUACGACAAGAUCUUCAGUCACCUUCCAGAUGUGAAGUACAAAGGCCAAGAAGCGCACAUUCCGGGUUUCAGCAUCGAAGAGCUGCUUCCUGAGAGGCCUGAAGAGUAUUAUCGCUACCAAGGGUCCCUGACCACACCUCCUUGCCACCCCACUGUGCUCUGGACGGUUUUCAGGAACCCCGUGCAAAUCUCCCAGGAGCAGCUGCUGGCUUUGGAGACAGCUCUGUACUGCACACACGAGAACGACCCAUCCCCCGUAGAAAUGGUCAAAAACUUCCGGCACGUCCAGAAAUUCGAUGAGAGGUUGGUGUACGUCUCCUUCCAAAAAGUGCAAGACCCUACCUACGCAGGACUGAGUCUGGGUAUCAUCCUUUCGGUGGCCCUGGCUAGUGCUCUUGGCAUCUGCAUCAUCCUGGCAGUAUCCAUUUGGCUUUUCCGAAGGAAGAGGAGGAGACAUGGUUCCUUUGCACGAGACGCUGGUCAUUCAAGGGUCAUUGUGCUUAGAGCCGAGUAGCAAAACAGGUGACAGCAGUAAGGGAGUCAUUUACAAACCAGCCAUCAAGAAGGAGACUGAGGUCCAAGCCUGAGGCCCCAGCGCUCCAGGCCCAUCUAAGGGAAGGACUUUGCUUUGGAUGGUACACACUGUGUCCCCCUGGACACUUGAAAUACCUGAGGGUUCUAUGGAGCUCACCCCGAAGACAGGCCAGACCCCUGAGGGGCCCCUAGCUGGGCACCCCGCUAUCCGGAUGCUACGGCCCCUCUCAGUGUGAUCGUGGAUGGGAAGAGCUCACCAAAGACGCAGGACUCUGAGCUUCUGCUCCAUCUGCAUGAGACCAGUGAGAGGUCUGGGUUCUGGGGACACAAACCAUGUUGCCUGGCGGGGCUGUUGUUAACUGAAAACUACUUUUAUUCAGGGGCUGACUCAAGUGGUGUUUCAAAUGUCCUGGAAAUUCCAUUCCUUGUCUCAGCCUUCAAACCAGAAUGUACGCCCUCUGCUUAGGCUCUGCUUCUGAUACUCAACUGUGUUUUCUCAGGGAAGGUGUUGCUGUCUCGCUCUCAUUUCCUUCUGCUGUGACAAAACCUUUAGUCUGACCUGGCAACCUGGGGCGUUGUGGGGGGUGGGGGUGGGAAGCAUUAAUAUAGGAGGGGUCAGGGUGUCUGAGACAAAAACAAAACAAGAGGUAUUCUUUCAAAGACAGUAGAGGCGUUUUCACAGUCGUGUCCUUUAGAUCAGACAGACCUGAGAGAGAGAAUGGGAAGACACGUAAGACCUGAAAACUCUCAGGAGCUGUGAGUGUGAGAAGCACAAGUAUUAGGCCCAAGCCCAACCUCUUACCGGUAGGGUGGUUACAUUUCAUACCCUACAGAUUUUUAUAAAUAAUUAGGCUACUCCUUGAAAAUGUGCUGUUGCUUACUCUCUCCUAGAGCAGAUACGAGUACUGAGAAUCUAGAGAAAAUAGGCAGAUUCAAAAUGACUAAAGAGCUUUGUCUCUUGUGCCCAAAUUUCAUUUCUGCCACCUUUGUGGGGUCCCUACUGUCAACCCAGAAAUGGGACUUACCUACUUCUCUGACCUUGAGGAUGUUGAACCAUGGCUUGCUUAAAAUAUAUUUUUAAGGCAUAACAGCAGGAAGUUAUCUGUGCUGGGGCUGGCAGCGUGGUAUUCAGGGACCAAACUAAGGGAAUGUUACAUAGAUUCCUCGUGGUCUCCCCCUGAAGUCCCAAAGGCAGCUUCUGAGAAGCCCAAACUCCUUCACUCCCCUCCCACUGAUGCAAGAGCCCGUGGAGACCUGUUAGUUCCAUGACCGAGGAGGAGCCCCCACCGCCCACCUCCCGCAGUCAGCACCUCACAGAGAACUUCUGGUUCACAGUCCCACACUGGCUGGCAGCAAUGAAUGUCCUCUUGAAGCACCGGUUUCUUUUCCUUUGUCCUCAUUUCCUUCUGUUCCUCCCUCUGACUCUGAGAGGUCUUUCUCUACUGUCACAACCUUUCGUAGCGACGCAAGCCCCAUGUCUCUAUAGCUUGUUUGCGAGGCAGAUUACACAUGACCUGGAGACUCGAAAAUGUGGGUGUUCACGAAACCUCUGGCAGCGCUGGGGCCUGAGGCGGCAUUCUCCUCCUGCUUUUAGCACCCCGGAUGCUGAUCGAAUGACAGCAGGGACAACCCCCAUGACCGAGCAGUGUGAAUCAGGGAAUGCUUUCUCGGCCUUGGCCCAAAGUUGCCAGUCAGAAACCAACACCAAUGGCUCCAGAGCCAAGGGACUAGCUCAGAAAGCUCUCUACACCUUUUAUGGACAAAUUUAGUGAGGGAACAGACAGAUCACUGUACCUGGCACAAUGGCUUUCAUAAAAAGAAAGACAUGCCGGCCAGGGACAACAGUGGCAUUUCUCUUGUCCUCCUCCCCCGCUGCCACAGCCCAGUCCCCUGUUCCUUGCCCCUCACGGCUGAGACAAAGCAAAGGCAAGGGAGCGAACACAAGGCUCCCAGAAUCGGUAGGUGACUUCCCUGCUAACCCUGAAGGGACUCCUGGGGCUCCACCUUAGGAACUGGGCAACCUUUCCUCAAGUUUCAUCAUCCCACCCACACCAGUCGCCACGAACGAACGGGAACCAGUACCUUGGUGAGGGACACAGGACGCCCCAGCUCAUCUGCCUCUCACUAACGCGGGUCUUGAGUCUCUCUGCUUUGUUUCUUUAGUAUCGUCUGGUGAAAACCACACAAACCGAUACCUGUUUUCUUAACAGACGUUCUAGAGUUCUGCUGCAUUGACUUUCAUCCCACUCCAAGUUCGGACCUUAAACUCUUCCCACCUGCAAUGAGCCCUCUGAGGGCCUCUCCUGGCCGGCCCCUGGGGGCACAGGUUCUGCAGCAACCCUCUGUCCCUGUGCCCCCACGGACCACAGGCCGCUGUGAGGAAGGUCCAUUCAGCACUUCUGUGUGUACUGUACAAAUGAUUGUAAUGACGACGUUCACUGUAAACAUGAGAAAUUAUAAAUAAAAAGUUGUUCACAUGA